UAUUUCUGUGUCCUCAGUUUCCCAGCAUGCCCUGGCUGUGGUAGUGGAGGUGAAUGAAGGGGAACAAUCUGUCCUGCUGCCCUGUCAGUUCUCAGGUAUUAUACCUGAGUACCCUGCAGUGAUUUGGACUCGGAGUGAUCUUCAUCCCAAAUCUGUCCACCUACAGCGAGAAGGAAGAGAUGAUUUUGGAGGGCAAAACCAGCGUUACAGCGGGCGCACAUCAAUGAGGCCUGAUGCUCUGGACACUGGAGACUUCAGCCUCACUCUGAGGAAACCAACAAAGACUGACAGUGGCAACUACACCUGCUCCAUCAGUGAUGGGAGAGAAGAGCUGAGAGUGACAGAUAUACAGCUGCAGGUCAAAGACGACCAAGAGGAGGUGACAACAUGGAAAAUGUCAGACUUCAUCAUUCUACCCUGCAAAACAAAUCUUGUGCUGCCUGAGGACACCACAGUGGAGUGGACUCAUGCUGACCUAGUGGUUUAUGUCUAUUCAAAGAGAAGUGACCACCUUAAGAAACAGGAUGGACUUUACAGAGACCGAACGAAGAUGAACGAAGACCUGCUGAGAACUGGAGACCUCAGUCUGACCCUGAAACAGCCCACAGAUGGAGACAGUGGAGGAUACAUCUGCACCAUCUACAGGGACAAAGACAUCCUGAGACAGAAAGUAGUGCUGCAGGUCAAAGAACCAUUUCCAUCCUGGGCCACAGCUCUCCUGGUUCUCUUGGGCCUCCUGGUUCUUAUUGGGAUUUCUGGAGGUCUCAUAUCUUAUUUCCGGCACUAUUUCAUGUCAGGUUACAAGGUGGAGGUAGAUUCAGGGAUGGAGUCUGUCCUGCUGCCCUGUAAAGCCACAGUUCGCCUGCCUGCAGAUGGUAAAGUGGAGUGGACGGAUAAAAAUGGAAAGGUCCACGUGUAUGAGAACGGCUCUGACAAGCCUGAAUACCAGCACCCAGAUUUUAAAGCCAGAACCAAGAUGAGGAAAAAUCUGCUGAAGCUCGGAGACUUCAGUCUGACCCUGAAAUACCCGACAAUCACAAACACCUACACCUGCACCAUCUACAGCAGGGAGGGAAACAUCCUGAUGAGAAACACGUGA